AUGAUUUUCUUGCUGGUAUCUGGCGUCGAGCUAGAGGAAGCCGGCGAGAAAUGGCGGGCUGGGGAUGCGGCCAAGUCUAUGCGUUUCUUCAUGCGCGCCAUCACGAACUAUGACGAGGGUCUACAGAAACAUCCUGGGACCUUUGAUCUAGCUUACAACAAAGCACGAGUUCAAUAUGAAAUCACGCAGCACCCUAAAUUAGCAGCCCAAUUACCUGCAGCCCAGGGAGAGCUCCUGCAGGUUGCAUUGCAGUCGCACCGGGAUGCACUAGCUUUGGAACAGGAUAAUGCUGACGUGUUGUUCAAUUCGGGCCAGGUGCUGACCAGUCUGGCGGAGUCGAUGUCCAACUCCAAGCAUCCCGGCGAAGAGCAAAUGAUGCAAGCAGGGACCUACCUGCAGGAGGCGAUCGAGCUGUUUCAGCGGUGUUUGAUCGUACAGGAGAUGAAGUACACCCAAAUGCAAGAGGAGAUGGAACAGAUGGAAGCGAUUGCAUCUGGGGAUGUCCCACCCGAGCCAGAGGCUGCGCCACAGCCUGAACAGCCAAAGACUGGUUCCGACGAGCAAGAACAGUGGGCGAUGAUUGUUGAACCCGUCACGAAAAACACAUUGGUCGAUACAGCCGUUGCCCAGUUGGACACUCUGACUACCCUGUGCAACCUGCUGACGUCAAGCCCGGGUGCCGGUGGCGUUGGCUGGGUGCAACAGUAUUCGGCAGAGCUUGCUCAUUCCCGACUGCCCGUUUAUGUCGAAGGCUCAGACAGACAGUACGAAGCGGCCUUGGCGCGCGCUAAGCUUAUUUGUGCUCUGAAUGACUUGCUAUACCGAGGCGGACAUACCGAUGUCCAAAUCUAUCAGCAGGAAGUCGGACAGGUCUUCGGCUCUGAGCUGGAUGUUUCUGCGGACCCCGACGGAUUGUGCGCGAAAGCAGAGGCACUCAUCUCACUCAAUCAGGCACUCUCUGACAUCCCUCCUGAUGACGAGGAAACAUUACAAAAUGCGGUGACUUUGCGUUGGAAGUCUCUGUCGACUGCCCUGGACUCAUUGACAGCUGCCUCCAAACACCCCGAUGCUUCCAACCUCCCCAAAAUCCAUAUCGGACGGGGAGAUGCAGAGAUGCACAGAUGGCGUCUUGGACGUGCCCCAUGGAACCACAGCAUGGCAAAGCAAGGUGGCGCCACACUCCUGCGCAACGCCCAGACCUACUACCGCGGCGGAGCAGCUCUGGCGAGACGCGACGGAGCCGCAGAGGAAGAAUUCGAAGGAACCUGCAAGGAAGCAAUCGCCGCAGCAAUCGAUGGCCAAAACACGAAACUCCAACAGCUCAAGACAACCAAUCUCCAGCAAGUGAUUGUCGUGGCGCAGGACAUAGUCGAGGACGGAAUGGUAGAUGGGAUGGAACUAAGCGCCCUGAUCUCAUGA